AUGAUUCACGCCCUUCUUUGGCUCAUUUUGAGCUCCCUCAAGGAACUCGACACUCGCCGAUCCUCAGCCACGAAAGCUCGGAUCAUGGAUGCCGGCUGUGGUCGUACCUUCUUUCUCGGGACGACGCAUGAGCCCACGAAAAAGGAAGGGGCGAUGGUUGCAGCCCGCCAACACCAAAUGGAAAGGGCGAAGAAACGGGUUCAGCUCUGUUUCCACGCCGAAACCCCCCAUAAAGAAACCAACUUGUUUCACACCGGAGCGGAUUUUCUUGACACACCCUUUACGGCUACUUUGCAUAGCAGGAUGGUCCGCCUCGACAGCAUCUUUUCCCGGUCGUCAGGGAAAGGAAGCAACGCGUCCGACAAUGGUCGUUCUUGGACUCUGAGCCGGCCACAGUCAAUUAUGAGCCAGUCACCGCAACGAAUUAAAGUGCCACUGAAAGAAACACCAGCGAAUGAGCCGGAGGAGCCCAAAACAGUGUGCGGGUCCAGCGGUGAAUGCGCUACGGACCAACUACAGGAGAACCGCCCACGACUUUCCAAUCCAGAACCUAGCACAAAGCUGGAUGCUCCCGGUAGCAGUGCUACAGAGCCAUUGGAGUUUCCGCCUAACUCGGGAUACUCUUCACGACGCUUCGCAGGUUUCAAGACUCUCUUUCGCACCCGCACACACAGACGGCGGAGACUCGAUUUUGAUAUCCGCAAGGACGGAGACAUAGACAAUGAAAACCCCAAAAACUCCACCUCUGAAGAGGCUGGCGAUGUUGCGGCACAAAGGGAUCAGGCUGUAGUUGCUACUCAGCCCAACGGGCUAUCCAAAGUCUCUCCGGACGAUGAAACUCGAAAGGUCAGCGAUACGAGUGAGAAGUCAGUAAAUUCAAGCACUACCAGCAACACUGUUUGUCAUCAUCCGUCUAAACGGAUGUCUAUGCCCAUUACAGUUGUAGACCGGGACCUAAUUCACCAGAACCCAUUCGACGAUAUCUACGAAGCUGCACGCUCAGAAACCUACGUUAGCAAUCCAUUCUCGGAACCAAAAAAGGGCACCAGAUUUACAGACCAGUCAAGUUCCGGAUACAGUGGCUCAGACAACCCAUUCUCAUCGAUGCCUAGCGAAGCCCGUGAAAUGAGUAACUCGUCGCAAUCAAGCUGGCACUGCCCUACGUUAUCAGGGUUAUCAGGGUUCAACGGCUGGCCGACGCCUGCCGAUCGGCGUUUGGCGACGGACUCAUUUAAUAGGCUAGCGUGCGAUCUAUAUUUGGAGCCCCUGGGGGCCAACCCUGAUGACGUCAGUCAAUAUGAUAGGGCUUUGGAUGGUAUUUUUGCAGUACCCGGGGACAAGCUAGAGCGGAGACGAGACCGGCUCCUCGGUCGGAUUCGAACUAUGCGAUCAACAAUGCAUAUCAAAUCUGAGCCAGCUGUACCCCGGGCAAGGAGUUUACGGCGAAUGAAAACGUUUACUACGCUCUCUACGGGAUCUUGUCUAAUGACAUCGUUACAGGGGAAAUCGUUAGAAACACUAGCUAGGCUUGGUGGGUUUGGCUUCUUAACACUCCCAGGUGAUUUUGCACCGACAACACUCAACCUUCCGGUGUGCUUUGUAGCCACUAUCAACCAUCUGCGAAGUUAUGCUCCUGGAAUGCAAGGCCUGUUCGUCGACCAUGGUGACCUCGAAACGGCCACGCAAACGUACCAUUAUUUUGCAGACCAGGUUCUAUCCGCAGAGAAGGAAAGGAUCAGGAUCCAUAUGACAAUGAGGAGCAGCAGAAUGCCAAAUUUCCUCGAGGAAGCUCCCGAGCCAGAUAUGGAAAAUCAAAGUUCGCAGGUUCUGGGCAUCGCAUUCACUUUCAAGGCACUAUUAGCAGGAAUUCCUGGUGGUAUAUUGGGGUCUAUGCAGCUGUAUCGAGUUCUCGUUAAUAUCUGCCACGGGCGAAUCUCUUCACGGUCGGUGCAGCGAACUGGCAGCUGUCUCGCAGGACUAUCGGCCGAGGAUUAUGCCAAGGUGCGAGCCAUGAGCCUUGGAAUACUGGCACUUACCAGCUCGAUGCAGCUCAAUCUGAUUUGUGCGGUGUUUGGAUUGUGCUCGCUGCUCCUCCAUGAAACGGAACGAAUGGCCGAACUGGAGCUGCGCCAGCGCCGACGGUCGAAUCGGCGUCCCAUUGCAAGUAGCACAGACAAGCUAAGUUCGGAUCGUCUUGCAGCGACUCUGGGCCCGCUCCUCAUCGAGACCGGGCGAAGCGAGAGUCCUGAUACGUUCCAUGCCAUCCAGGAGGAGAUCGAGAGCCAGCGGGUGGUUGCACUCCUGAUUGGGAACUGGCGCAGCAUCAGCCGACAGCUGCGGAUCUGGGAGCGGCGUGGCCUGGAAGGUCAUGUACAUGCAGGGCCGGCCCGCGCGACAAGUGUCGAGAGCAGAGAAGGAACAGGGACGGGGAAUUGA